AUGAAGUCUUUUUCCCUCGCCGCAGCUGCCUUCGCCGGCGCUGCCACAGCUCGUAUCGUCGGCAUGGCCGCUCCAGCACAAAUCGCUCCAAUUCAGCAAAUCAACGUUACUCUCAUCACGCAAGAUUACAUCCAAAGCGUCCAAGACCUCUCUUGUGCCUUCGCGCUGACCAGCGAGCUCGACGGCGGCGGAGACCUGGGGACCGUGUAUCUCGGCUCCUUCUAUCUCGGACCAGGCAAGUACAACCACAACACAAUGCAGGCACCAAGGAACCGCUAACGAUUCUGCCAUCGAAGAGAAAUCCAACGUCCUCGACAAUCUCACCUUCACCCUCACCAUGCCAGACGAGACCACGACCAAAGACAAGAAAUACAUCACCGGCAUCGUCAAUUCCCUCUACGGUGUCUCCAACACCGCCGCGACCAUUGAAUUCGCCGUCCCCGUGUCUACUGAUGGCGAUGCGAAUCAGGAAAACAGCGAUAUCAUCGGCACACCGGGCAAUUGCUUCGCUUCUGACACUUCCAAGGCCAAGCGCGACGAUUCCUGCUUUCCGACUACCACCACCACUUCUAUCCAAUCCUGCCUCAGCCUGGCAAACAGCCUGGUCAACGACGUCUACCAGAACAACUCGCAGUCCGGCUCUCAGGAUCUCGGAGAGCUUCAAGGCCAUCUGGGCGAUGUGUUCAGGGCCGUGGAUGUGUCUUCCAAGGGAGAAGUCGCUUGCGGAAACCCUUCAACUCCGCCUUCUUGGCCUAGCAAUCUCACGCCGGCAGAUAGCCAAGCGAGAGCCAUUGACAUUUUGAGGAACGCACAGGAUGGACUGAACGCUCUGCAGGGUGAUGUGAACGAGUGCGGGACCGAUCAGGCGUUCCAGGUCGUUUGUACGGUGAUGAAGUUUGUGGAUAUGUUGGAGGAGUUUCCCUGGUGA